AUCCAGAGCAAAAAAUGCCUUAGCAAGAGGUCCAGUGGAAGAAAGGACAGAGCCAGGUGCACCAACAAAUGAAAAUUCUCUAUAUGUACAAAAUAGAGAAGGAUCACAUCCAGGCAAAGUUAUUGUAAACGAGGGUUUUGUUAUUAAUGAUGCAUGUACAAAUAAAGUGAUUGUGGAUCUGGAGUCAACAACAAAUGACAUUACAACCACUGUAGAACCAACAGCCUCAAAAUCCCAGCAAGAAAGUGAAAUGAAUGUUUCGUUCAAUGAAGGCAGCAGCUUGGACAGCUCUUCUGAUAUGGAUAGCUUACAGAAAACAAUUCGUUUAGAUAUGGCAAUCCCAUUCAUCUCCCGCCAAAAGAGGCAGCGGAUUCCUAAAGUGCCUUCGACGCCACCAUUUGCCAUGCCACCGAUCCAGGAAGAUCAAAUGUCACCAAAAAAGGAGAAAAAUUUUGACCCAAGUUCGUUCAAAUUUGGUUUAAUGAGAAACAGUAUCCGAAAAAAUGAAGCACCCGCCAGUCUCCUCAAAAUGCAACAGAUUGAAACAAAAUCAAAAGUAAUUAAACGUGUUUCAGCUGAGCAGAGUUUGCUCUUUAAAUCUCUGGCUCGUAAAAAGCCUCCAUUUGAAAAACAUGAUCGUGUGCAGGAUGAUCUUGCUUCUGCAUCUGACAGCAAGAGAUCACGUUUAGAGAUGGAAAAGACACUUGGCCAAGCAUCCAAAUUAUCAACAGAACCUGUGGUGAAAUCCGCUGAUAUCUCGCCAUCAUUACUGAACAAUGAUGCUGAUAAAGGAUUUGAAUUUGAUUGGUCUUCAGAGACCCAGUUGCCAGAUAACACAGAAAAAUGUUUGAAAUCUAAUACCUCUGAAAAUGAAAGUAAUUCUGUUGUUUUUGCAUCAGAAAAGCAUUUGGAAAAUGGUUUAACCACCCCUAAUUUGAAACCAAACCUCUUGGAAAUUAAUACAAAUUUUGGGGCUAUUGCGAACACGAAUGCAUUUGUCAGUGAACCCACAUUCCAGGGGCUGGACUCUUUGCACAUUGAUCAAAAUCUUCCAAGCUUAUUCGGUGCUGACCUGUUCACUCCCAAGUCUGUAAUGCCUAAUCAACCAGACGUUGGGAUACCAGAAAAGGAAAAUUUAAAAUUAAAUGCUAGACCUGGAAAGAUUAUCAUUUAUAGUCGGCCCAGACUCAAUGGAGAAGCUUUUGAAUUCCUUCAUGAUGUUCAGGAUGCUACAGCCUUGAAGCUGUCCUCUGAAAUUUCCAUUAGAGUAGUAAGAGGCUGUUGGCUGCUUUAUGAAAAACCAAACUUUGAAGGUGGCAGAGUUGCAUUGGAGGAAGGUAUAGUGGAGAUGGCAGAUAUUUGGGGAAAGAAGAUGGAUGGAGACAGUUCUGACAAUACAUCUGCCUCUAAUGAAUCUGUUAUUGGAUCAAUAAGAAGAAUAAUUAAGGAAUGGUGUUUGCCUGAAAUAGAUUUAUGUACAGAGCUGAAUGGUUUAGGAAGAAAAACAACAUACUUUGAUGAAAUGGAGGAAGUACAGACAUAUGGGGUUCUGGAACCAACAUUAUCCCUUGAAGUAUUUUCAGCCACUUGGCUGCUCUUCGGAGAGCCCUUCUAUCAAGGAAAUUCUUACAUUGUGGAACCUGGUCAGUAUCCAUGUCCAGAAUCUUGGGAAGCAAUGGAUCCAUACAUCGGCUCGUUAAGACCAUUAAAAAUGGGUACAUUGAAAGUAGAAAAACUUCAUGAUCAUAAGGUCAUUGUAUAUGAAAAACCUUUCUUUGAAGGCAAACAGCUAGAAAUCAAAACGGAUGUAUUCAGCUUCACUGGAGAAGAUGAAGUAUCAGCUUUGUGCCACACUUAUCCCUUUGCAAGUAUUGGGUCGAUGAAAGUUUUAGGAGGAUUCUGGGUUGGUUAUGAGAAACCAGGGUUUCGAGGUCAUCAAUAUGCACUGGAGGAAGGGGAGUAUCGAGCGUGGAAUGAAUGGGGAGGCUACAACGAACACCUUCAAUCUUUGCGGUUUAUCCACAUUGACUUGUCAAAUCCAGUCAUGAUAAUGUACAGUGAAGAAAACCUUUCUGAAAAAAGUGGAAGCAUUGAAGUAGUAGGGCCUGUCCCGGUCUUGGAGGAGACUGAACAUGGAUUGAGGACAAUGUCUAUAAAUGUUCUCAGUGGAGCCUGGGUUGCGUAUGAGAAUUCUGAUUUCACAGGAGAACAGUACAUUCUGGAGAAGGGACUAUACAGUAAAUUUGAAGACUGGGGAGCAACAAAUUGUACCAUCGCUUCAGUUCAACCUGUUCUAGUGGAUGCAAUGGAUAGUGAACUGUCUAAAUUCAAGGUGAAAUUGUUUUCUGAGCCUGAAUUUCAAGGAAAUGUACAAAUCUUUGACAUGGAUGCAGUCCAAUUUCCUGAUGGUUUUUCACCCAAGUCCUGUGAAGUUCUAUCUGGCAGCUGGGUGGCUUAUGAUGCAGAGAAUUUCACUGGUAACCAAUAUAUACUUGAGGAAGGAACUUAUCCUAAUUUGGCAGCUAUAGGAUGUAUAGCUGAUGCAUGUAUCAAAUCCGUAAAGACAGUAAACUUUUGUUUCUCCGUGCCAGACAUAAUGCUCUUUAUGCGAGAGAAAUUUGAAGGAAAGAAAGUUGAGUUGAUUUCAGAAGUGCUGAACCUGAAAUUAGAAGGAUAUAAUACUCAUAUAUUUUCAGUCAAAGUUAAUGGUGGAAUAUGGAUCGCUAUGAAGGCAGUAACUACAAAGGGCCGACAGGUAUUGCUACAGCGUAAGAUACCCAGUUGGCAUCAGCACACUGGAUGGCAUGGGAUUGGUUCUCUGCGUCCCCUAAUUCAGAGGCGAGUAUACUUCAGGGUACGAAACAGAGGUACUGGAGCAUUCUUGACGUUGACUGGAGAACUGACUGAUAUCAACAUGAUUCGAGUACAGGCUUCAGAAGAUACAGGAAUGGAUGAUCAAAUCUGGUUCUACCAGGAUGGGUACAUCAAAAGCAAGGUGGCAGAAGAUUGCUGCUUGGAUGCAACCGGAAGCUUACUUGGUGUGGGUUCAAGACUGGGCAUUUCAAUACUUCACAGUAAAGACAUUCAGAUCUGGAGCAUCAGUUCAGAUGGAGUCAUAUGGAAUUGUAUUAGGACUGAGCUGGUUAUUGAUAUAAAAGGGGGUCAGCAUUAUGACAAGAAUCAAACUAUUCUCAGCAAAUUUGAUGAGGUUCGGCCAACACAGAGGUGGGACCUGGAUAUUGUUUGAUCCUUUCGAAAUAGAAACAGAAACGGAAAACGCCCUAGCACUUUCUAAAUAUUAUUGUCUACUGUUAGUACAAUGUUACACUUUCAAGUAAAUUCAAUAAAUAGAAAUGUUGGAAUCUCAAAUAUUGUUAUUUCUUAUUAACAACUGCCAUCUGCUUUAUGUUACAUUAUAAUCUUGUCUGAAGUCAUUAUUAUUCUUGCACUUAGUUCAUGUGUUGGCAACUGGCUGCUCUUGUUUUAGUGUUUAACUGAGGAAAGCUCAUACCUGGUGCAAAAAAUGCUUUCAAAUAUAUUUUUUGAAUAGUAUUUAUAAUUGACUAACCCUGCUCACUUAUUUUACUGAACACUGGAAAUCUGCUUCAGGAAACGGGUAUAAUAACUUCUCUUGCAAAUUAAUGCAUUAGGAUGAAGAUAUAUUUUUGCAAUGAUCCAAUACUGACACAGUAGUUCUCUGUAAAAGUAUUGCUGCAGAUGGCAGUUCAUAACAAUAUCAGAGGGUAACAUGCAGAGUGGAAUAUCUGUCACAUUGGAUGCUUAUGUUGUAACUGCUGUUGUGCUGCCUUAGUUUGUUCAAAACAUUAAAAGUUCAGGAUAUAUUCUUGGCAAUUGAGAUGGAUAUAAAACUUCCUUUAAACAUGUAGCUACUGUAAUGGCUCUGGGUUUGUUGGAACAAAUUGAAAGUCAGAGAUAAUUUAAAAAUUUUAAGAACUGUUCUUUCAAGUAGUUCUGGCUCUUUAUUGAUGACUUUCAUUUUGUGCCUGAAUUAUGAACUUGGGUUCAAUUUUAAAUUGUUUGCAUUAAAAAGCUAUUCUUACACUUUGUGUAAUAUAGUAGUUGGUCCUGAUCGUUUUAACACAGUCACAACUCACUAAUAUACAGAUUUUAAAAAAGUAAAUUUCACACAAAUUACCUGAGGAUGAUUUAACAUAGCGAUGUGGAUGUCCUCUCACUCACAUCUUUGUAGCAUGUUGAGAGUUGUUAUGGGCAGGCCCAGCAAUUCCUCCUCUGUUAUUGAGGCAGUUUAAAUGGCGGUAUUAUUUGAUAAACUGUGUCAGGGAUCAUCAUAAACAGUCUCACCUUAAGUUUCAUAACCUUUUAAUUAAUCAUGCAUUCUUUGUACUUUAAAGUAACAGAUGAACUGGGAUCUACAUCUAUGUAGUUGUAUUAUCUUUAGUAUUAGGUUUGAUGAUAUUUUACCUGUACUAUCCUCUUGCUCACUUUUUUCAAUUCAGAUAUUGCAACAAUUAUUUGUGACCUAAACUUGGAUAAAUACUUGUAUAACCAUAUUAUUUACAGUUAUUUUGGUACCUGAAAGGUGGACAAUGUUUUAUUUCCCUUAACAGAAUUUAGUUGCUACUAUCAGCAAUGGUACUGUGUUUGUUACUGUUUUGAACUGUUUAUGCAAAAACUUGCAAAAUAAAAUGUUUAAAAUUUGA